UGCAAAAUAGUUCCUGAUCGUGGCUGUUUUUUGGCAUAAAGUAAUCGAUUUUCGAUAAUUGUUUAUUUUUAAAUGGCUAAAUGGUGUUCCGAAUGGAGAACUGGAAGAAGGCACAUGCUUAUCAGCUGAUUGUGCGCGACAAUGCGGCUAUUCCGCGAGUCCGCGCGCGAUGUCGAACCCGGAGCCUUAGGCGGAGGCAAAUUGCAAAAAUCAGUCAGAGGCCAGGCGUCUAGCAAGUCGGUUCUAUGACGUGUGCAACGUUACCAUGAAAUGCCCGUGGUAGAACACGAAAAUGAAGGCCUUUGACCGUUUACGUUAAAUUGACGAUCAUAUCAACUUUUGGAAUCCAGCUCUACUAAAAAAGUUUUAAUAAUUCUGGAACGAACAAUUAAAGAUGACUGAAAGAAGUAAAAAACUGUCCCGCUGGUACUUUGGAGGUUUGGCAUCAGCUGGUGCCGCAUGCGUUACUCAUCCUCUUGACUUGCUGAAGGUUCAUUUACAGACUCAACAAGAAGGGAAACUGUCAAUGUCAAAGCUCGCUGUGCGAGUGGUAAAGAAACAAGGUAUCUUUGCACUGUACAAUGGACUCACAGCAUCUCUUCUUCGACAAUUGACGUAUUCAACAACUCGAUUUGCUUUUUAUGAGGUGGGGAAACAAAGUUUAGAAAGUCCAGAGAACCCCAUGCCAUUUUAUCAGAAACUAGUACUAGCUGGAUUGUCCGGAGCAGCUGGAGGUGUUGUCGGAACACCUGGGGACUUAAUUAACGUAAGAAUGCAGAACGAUGUGAAGGUAGCGCCAGAAUUAAGGAGGAACUACAAACAUGCCUUGGACGGAUUGGUACGAGUUUGGAGUGAAGAAGGGUUCCUGAGACUUUUCAGUGGUUGUUCUACUGCAACAGGAAGAGCUGUUCUCAUGACGAUUGGUCAACUAAGCUUCUAUGAUCAAAUUAAAUUGAUGCUCCUUCAAACUGAGGUGUUUGAUGAUAGUCCUACAACGCAUUUCAUCUCAAGCUUGUUUGCUGGCGCCAUUGCAACGACUUUAACUCAGCCUUUAGAUGUUUUAAAAACCAGAGCGAUGAAUGCUAAACCUGGAGAAUAUAAGAGUAUGGGACAACUGAUCCUCUACACGGCCAAGUCGGGUCCAUUGGGUUUCUUCAAGGGCUACGUACCUGCGUUUGUGCGUCUGGCACCACAAACAAUUUUAACAUUUGUCUUCUUGGAGCAACUUAGGGCAAAUUUCGGAUUCCUUCCACAAACCUCAAAAUCUUCCUGAAGCCUUGCAGAUCACAAUGCUGAAUAAUUUCGCCGUCUUAUGCUGACACAAAGCCAAUAAUCUCUAAAAGCACAAAUCCGAAGCAUUUAAACUUCUUAAUACUGAGCUUUACUCGUGUACAAACCGUAUUUUUUGUAUCAAACUCCAAAAAUUGUGCAAAAAUCUAGAGAAAAUGAAAUGUAUAAUCUAAAUGUUUAUAAUUGUUACAUUGUAAUGUGCGCGACGACAAUAAUCGAGAGUAAUUCCACUGUAUACAUUCCGUAAAAGUAGUCAUCUGUUGUAUACAAGCGGAAUUUCCAAACGCAGACAGCAGAAAGAGAAGAAAAUUUGUUUAUUAUCAUGAAGAAAGAAAACUCCGCUUGUAAACCAUAUAUUUUUUAUUACUUUUAUCUUUUCGAAGAGUAUUUAUUACACGCACAAUUUUACUUUGUAUUUAAUUCUGUUAUUGAGGCAAAGUGCUAGUGAUAUUUUUUCAUUUAAAGGUUGAAUGUUCAAGAGUGAUCAAUAUUAUCUACAGGAAUCUCGUUGUGCUUUUUGUCUCGCGUCCUAGACGCACAAGUUGAUGUUUUGAUCGAACUUACAGUACAACUGUUAAUAAAGUUAGUUACAAUGAAUUAGGAGCUGAGCUUAUCGCGAAAGGACUUAAUAAAAAGUCCAGUGCCCGGAAUAUUAAAUUCCUACAAUUUUCUGUUUGCAAUGCAACUUUUCAUUUGAAGAUAUCACCGCUUUAUGUGCCUCUACACAUAUUUAUAUAUCAAAUUUACAAUUAUUAUAUUUUUGUGUAUUAAAUCAUUUUUCCUUGGCAACCAGGACCCGCAUAAAUGUAAAAUAAACACGAAUAAACCUAUGAGAAACUA